GCAUCACCGGAACGGCCUCGCUGGUCGAGCUCGAAGCACUUUUGGUACCGACAGGAUUGGCCACACGAGGAUGGUAUAAAGAGGCUGCUGCAGCAUGCAUCUAGAACGCGUGGUGUGGAUAGGAUCUGCGAGUCACACAAACCACAGACGCUUCUUUGUUUGUCUUGUAUUACAUGCGAACCACGUCUUCAUAGAUACCUCGCCCAUCUUACCUGCAUAUCCGCUAGCCAGCUAGCCAUCAUUAUACAUCCCCUGCAGGUGUAGCUGCACCACGUCCACCAACAAUGGCAGCACCAAACGAGGCGCCCGUCAUCAUCAUCGGCGGCAGUCUCGUCGGCCUCGCUAGCGCCCUCUUCCUCUCCGCCAGGAACGUCCCCGUCGUCCUCAUCGAGCGCCACACCGCCAGCUCCCGUCACCCCCGCGCCAUCGGCUACACCACGCGGACCCUGGAGCUGCUCAAGACCGUCGGCAUCCCGCCCAGCGCCCUCGACGUCGGCAGUGUUCCGCCGGGCGGCCGGCCGCGCCGUAUCAAAGUCAAAAGCCUGGCGGGCGAGUGGGCGGAAGAGCAGCACUGGAACAACGGCAAUACAAAACCCCCCGCCGGACCAGGCGGAGGACCCGAGGAGAAGCCGAGCACCGGCCCCGGAACCGGGACCAAGGCGUACCCCCCCAUCAUCGGCACCGCCAUCGCCCAGGACCGUCUCGAGCCCAUCCUCCGCCGGCGCGCCGUCGAGCUCGGUGCUGACCUCCGCCUCGGGUGGAAGAUGACGAGCUGGAGCCAGUCGGCCGACGGCGUCAGCGUCACGGCCGUCGACAAGGAGGGCGGGCAGACGACGGUCCACGGCUCGUACAUGAUCGCGUGCGAUGGCGCGCGCAGCGUGUUCCGCGACGCGCUAGGCAUCCAGACCACGGGCGUCGGCCACCUCCGCAGCCUCCGCAGCGUCAUGUUCCGGUGCAAGCCCAUCGAGCGCUAUCUCGAGCGGGGCUUCGUCCAGUUCGCCAUCGACGGGCGGGACGACGGCUUCGAGGCCUUCCUCGUCAGCUACCCCGACGGGCGGUGGGCGCUCAUGUGGAACGACGACGGCGGCGGCGAUAACAACGAUGAGGCCGACGGCGACAACGGCGCGGCGCGCGCGAUGGACGCCCGCGCCCAGCGAGACCUCGUCCGGAAGGCCGCCGGACUCGGCGAGGACGACCUCCCGGACGAGGCGGUCGAGCUGCUGGCCAUCGGGCGCUGGGAGAUGAGCGCGCGGAUCGCGGAGCGGUUCGCGUGCGGCCGCGUGUUCCUCGCCGGGGACGCGGCGCACACGCUGCCGCCGAACCGCGGCGGGUACGGCGCCAACACGGGCAUCGCGGACGCGCACAACCUCGCGUGGAAGCUGGCCGCCGUGCGCGAGGGGCGGGCGGACCCGGCGCUGCUGGAGACGUACGACGAGGAGAGGCGGCCGGUGGCGCUGGUGCGCCACGACCAGCUGUUCGCGCGGGACGACUACAAGGCGUACGCGCGGGGCGGCGAGUGGGAGGCGACGGGGCGCACCGUCCGCUUCAUCGACGACGUGGCCAUGGAGCUCGGGCAGAUCUACCGCUCGCGCGGGGUGGUUCUCGGGCCGGAGGGGGGGAGAGAGCUGCCUGACGCCCUGCGGCCGGACGAGUGGAAGGGCCAGCCGGGGACGAGGGCUCCCGACGUGACGGUUUCGGCGGGCGGGGAGGAGGUCUCGAGCUUGGAUCUGUUCGGCGGCGGGUGGGUGCUACUUUCGAGGGACGAGGCGUGGAGGGCCGGGGCCGAGAGGGUCGGGGCGGAAGCCGGCGUCGGGUGCGAGUUUGUCCAUAUCAGGGCCCGGGCGACGGAGGCGGACGAGCAGGAAACGUUUGAGGGUAGUUUCGGUGUGAGCGAGUCCGGCGCCGUGCUCGUGCGGCCUGACGGGUUCAUCGCGUGGCGGUCGGCGGAGAAGGGGACCGGGUUCGAAGCUGCGUUUCUGGAAGCGUUUAGGAGCGUUUCCUUUGCAAGACAGUGAGUCUUGGGCGGAGGGAGGGCGUAUUGGUGUCCCUCAAGAUGUGGCCGAUACACCUCAUAUUCAGCAUUUCUGUGCCAGUACAGCACAUACGGCCAUACCCACUGGAGAACUCGGGAUCCCGUCCGCUCUCCCAUAGAUAAGCCAGUGAGGGC